ACUGAAGCAAAUGGUGAUGAGCCUGCGGGUGUCGGAGCUGCAGGUGCUGCUGGGCUACGCUGGGCGCAACAAGCAUGGACGCAAGCACGAGCUUCUAACCAAGGCACUGCAUCUGCUGAAGGCCGGCUGCAGCCCCGCUGUGCACAUGAAGAUCAAAGAGCUCUACCGACGACGCUUCCCUGCAAAAAUGGUAUCUCACUCAGAGCUGGCCCUGCCUGGACCACACCACCCGGCCACAGCUGGGGUGGUUGGAGGAGGGGGCGCCGCACUGCCUGCAGGCCUGACACAGCUGGCGUAUGAGGGUCACGCCGGUCAUGGUGGAGCCCCGUCGCCUGCUGCCUUACUACCCCUCUCAUUGCUCGGUCCCGGGAAACACGAGUUAACCGGGUUGACGCACCACCUGUCCACCACGACCACGCUGCACCCAGUCCACCCAGAUGUUAAGCUCCAGAGGCUCCCCUUCUACGACAUGCUGGACGAGCUCAUCAAGCCAACCAGUCUAGGUGAGAAAACAUCUUCAGACAACAGCCAGCGGUUUCAGGAGACGUGUUUUGCCUUUGCAUUAACGCCACAGCAAGUCCAGCAGAUCAGCAGCUCAAUGGACAUCUCGGGGACCAAAUGUGACUUCUCAGUUCAAGUUCAGUUGCGGUUUUGCCUGUCGGAGACGAGCUGUCCUCAGGAAGACCAUUUCCCACCCAAUCUGUGUGUGAAAGUCAACGGGAAGCCAUGUAACCUGCCGGGUUAUCUUCCUCCAACCAAAAACGGUGUAGAGCCUAAGCGGCCCAGCCGGCCCAUCAACAUUACCUCACUGGUCAGAUUGUCCACCACAGUCCCCAAUACCAUUGUGGUGUCGUGGACCGCUGAGAUUGGAAGGAGUUACUCCAUGGCAGUGUACUUGGUGAAGCAGCAGUCGUCCACAGUGUUGUUACAGAGACUACGGGCCAAAGGCAUCAGAAACCCAGACCACUCCAGAGCACUCAUCAAAGAGAAGCUCACAGCAGAUCCAGACAGUGAAAUAGCCACGACCAGCCUUCGAGUGUCGCUGCUCUGCCCGCUGGGGAAGAUGCGGCUGAUGAUCCCAUGCCGGGCGCUGACAUGCUCCCACCUGCAGUGCUUUGAUGCCACACUUUACAUCCAAAUGAACGAGAAGAAGCCCACCUGGGUGUGUCCCGUCUGCGACAAGAAGGCCCCCUAUGAACACCUCAUCAUCGACGGGCUUUUUGUGGAGAUCCUGAACAGCUGCAUGGACUGUGAUGAGAUUCAGUUCAAGGAGGAUGGCAGCUGGGCCCCCAUGAGGUCUAAGAAAGAAGUGCAGGAGGUCUCUUCAGCUUCUUAUAACAACGGGCUGGAUGGUUCGUGUCGGACGUCGGCGGGUUCAGAACAGCGGAGCUCCUCGUCGUCCAGCCACGGGGGAAGCGAUGGCAGCAACAAAGUGGAGGUGAUCGACUUGACACUGGACAGCUCCUCAGAGGACGAAGAACAGGAUUCGCCGCCUCCGCCACCGCUGCCUCCUCCAGCCAAAAGAGCGUGUCCCUCGAUGUCCCCGACUUCGCCACCCGUCAUCAACAAAGGGGUGCUGAACCUGCACCAUCAGGCCUCUCCUGUGAGCCGUACUCCCAGCAUGCCAGCUGUGGACACCAGCUACAUCCCUCCUGUCCCCCCACUUAUCCAGGACUACAGACCUUACUACCACACCCCCAAUGAGCUGUCAGAGUUGAACUUCUUCUCUUUUCUUCAAGGCGACAAUCACCAGCAUUACAACAUGGUGAUGGCAGCGGCGGCGGCCGCCUCGGCCUCAGAUGACCACGAGCUGCUUCUCAACCGCUUCCUGCCCUACAGCACCUCCUCUUCCUCAGCGUCUUCUCAGCUGUUCCUCGACCAGUCAGGAGCGUCUUCGGCGACUUCACUGACCGCGCCGACCAACGGGGCCAGCAACUCGGGCAGCAGCAGCAGCCUGGUUUCAUCCAGCAGCCUCCGUGACACUCACUCCUCAUCCUCGCACUCGGGCUCACACUCCUCACACACACACCCUGGGGUGGUGGCCAGCCGAAGCAGCACUGAAGCAGCGGUGGCAGCUAUUUACGGCGGGAUACCUGACGUUAUAUCGUUGGACUGACUCUCGUUGGGUUCAGCUACGAUCCAGUAACGAACCCAAUGACAAACUUUUUGACUGCAGGGUAAUAGUUUGAUCCAGCAACUAGACUGGCCCAAGUCAUCAAACUCAGAACGUUUGCAGAGUUGUAAUGACUAGAAGAGCACUAACAUUGUGAGCAGGUAACGGGUCCGGGGGGUUCCCUUCACUAGACUGACCCGAGAACAGCACUGAGUCAUCACGUAAAGGGGUCAACCGCAGAGGACGUGUUGGUAAACUGGCCUCAGAUCAGAAAGCUGUUUCAGCAUAAGGAGCUUUAUCAAUGACUCACACUGGUACCAACCUGGCACAAACAGCAAAGACACGCUACCUGAGCAAAAACACAAAGGACGAAGGCUCUUUUUUAUGAAAAUGAGGAGUGGCACCAUGUACAGAGAACAAAAUAUAUUUUCCUCUUUUACUUUUGUAUGUUAAAUCGGGACAUUUUCAGUCUAGUGAGCUGCUUCAAUCGCUGUUUUUAAGUGGAGGACUGAGGUUGGGUUUUUUUCCACAGAAGCUUAUACAUAUGCUUUUGCCAUGUACAAUUUGGUUAUCUUAUUCUUCUCUUUUAGCUAUAUCCUGUUUAAAUUUUGCUUCGCAUCCGUUCACCAAUAUGAACUUUAAUUUCUCUCUUUCUCUUGCUCAAGCUCAUUUUUAAACACAUGAUGUAUUAUUUCUCAAUCCAGUGUCGAGAACUUUUCAGAUUUACAGUUUAUUCAUGUACUAAUAAUUUUAUUAUGCUUUUAAGUUAUGUAUAAUAUUUAAACAAUAUACAUAUAUAUAGAAAUAUAUAUGCAUUCCCUUACACCUUCAGGUUACUGCUAUGGGGAAUGUGUAGUUGGAGAUUAGCCAUUUCUGGUUUUUCAUUUUCACAUGAUUUCCAACUCCUUUUAAAGACUCUGUCGGUAAACAGCAUUUAGAAAAAUGGAGAGUUUUUUGGAGCUUAAAGCUAUUUAUACUUGCCAAUUGAGAGUUUAGAGCUGGAAUAAUGUCUUUUAGUUUUCUUUUUUGCACAAUGCCAAAAAUAACAUAUGGUACCUAUGAAAAUUAUCACAAUGAUCAGAGUGCAGUUGAAUCUGUGUGCCACAGGGUUUUCAGUGAAGUGUCUAUUUCUUCUUCUUUGGUUUCAGCUGGUAUUUAUUCAGACACCUAAACUGUGUCCUUUUAGAAGCGGCUCCUGUCCUCUCAGUUUCUUUCUCUUUGUUUUGUUUUGUAUGUUUUUGCUUGACUGUUCAAAAGGAAUCAACUAAUUUCCAUGAAGGUCAAGCUGUUGUGUGGCAGCCUGUCUUAAAGAGACAAGCGUCCAUGAGAUGUGCCACAGCUCUGCUGGGGAUAGUGACCAAGUUUAAACUAGUGCCUGUUUGUGUGCAUGCUUCCCAGCGUGUUUGGGAUGAAGAAGUAUUUUCAGAGUCAAAAGAAUGUCUUAAAUGGUCACCCGCAACCGCUGUCCCCUGUUCUUACACAUCAGCCGUUUCUAUGUCUAAGCUUUUGGUAAAGACUUGACCCGUGACUGAUAUCGUUGUCUGUCUGGAGUUGUCUAGGGAGUUAUCUUUGGGAUAUGACUUGUGGAAAAGCGUGGCAUCAUGUAAGCACGCUGUUCAGUGCCACAGAGAGAGGGAGGGCG